UGCAGCAGCGAUCAUGUCGUAAAUGAGAAUGAUAUGUCUGAUAUCCAGACCGAAAGUCACACUUUUGGAAGUUUCCAAGUCAACUUCAAAGAGUGGGAGGAGAACAUUGACGAGUAUGUCAGUACCCACUACAGUGAAGAUGUUGUAGACUUGAAACUGGAAUACCAAAAGUCGCUGUGGGACUCAUUCGACAAUAAAGAUGGUCAGUGCAUCAGCGAUCAUGUCACAAGUGAGAAUGAUGUGUCUGAUAUCCAGACCGAAAGUCACACAUUUGGAAGUUUCCAAGUCAACUUCAAAGAGUGGGAGGAGAACAUUGACGAGUAUGUCAGUACCCACUACAGUGAAGACGUUGUAGACUUGAGAUUGGUAGAUCAAGAGUGGGAGGAGAACAUUGACGAGUAUGUCAGUACCCACUACAGUGAAGACGUUGUGGAUUUGAAACUGGAAUACCAAAAGUCACUGUGGGACUCAUUCGGCAAUGAAGACGGUCAGUGCAGUAGCGACCAUGUCGCAAGUGAGGACCACAUGCCUGAUGUCCAAACCGGAAGUCACAUAUUCGAAGUCAAUCUCAAAGAGUGGGAGGAGAAUAUUGAUGAGUAUGUCAGUACCCACUACAGUGAAGAUGUUGUAGACUUGAAACUGGAAUACCAAAAGUCGCAGUGGGACUCAUUCGACAAUGAAGAUAGUCAGUGCAGCAGCAGUCAUGUCGCAAGGGAAGAUGUCAUGUCUGAUGUCCAGACCGAUAGUCACGUCUUUGGUGGUCUCGAAUUCAACCUCAAAGAGUGGGAGGAGAACAUUGACGAGUAUGUCAGUACCAACUACAGUGAGGACGUUGUAGACUUGAGAUUGGUAGAUCAAGAGGGGGAGAAUUCCUUUGAAGUACAACAGCAAAAGGUGCAGGAUUUGAAUACCGAGGACGUAAAAAACAACGUAUCUAUACCCAAUAUUCAGAGCGGGAGACAACUCCUAGAAGAUACAAAGAAAAGCUUUAAAUGGAAAGUGUUUUUCUCACCAAGAAGAAAGGCAAUCUUUCGAUCACGAUUCAAACACCAUCAGACUGUUGGGGACAUCAGUGAGGAGGACAUUGAGAAUAUAUCAGAGGAAAAAAAUGAUGGUCAAGAAGAAAAAGAAAAGAAAUCCAAAAACGCAGGGAGGAAGAAUAUAAUGCAACGUUUGCGGAGUUUGUGUUUCUGUAUGAGACGCAAGGAAUAGUGGUAAAAAAACAUGGUUUGUCAGGAAUGGAAGGACACAUUUCAUACCUUCAUUACUAGAUUGUGCUGGAUGAACCACGAGCUAAAGUCAUCGAAUCCAUUUCCAUUGAUGGAUGUCAUUCAAAGAAGUAUAUCAUUUUGAAAUUUAUAUCUGCUGCUCAUACUAAAAUGAUUGUCAAAAACCAAUGCUGCCGCAGUUAUACCAGAAAGAAGCGCAAGCUAUUUCAUUCCUCGACCACCUAGAUCAUACGGCAACAAUGUUCAACGACAUCUUCUCUCAUCACUCUCAGAAGCGAGCGACCGUGUUCUUUAUUAUCAUCGCAACAUUUGUAUCAAACAAGAAACGUUUUAUCCCAUGGCUGUGAUUAACUUUUAAAAAAGAAUAUUUAUUCCCAUUGCUCAAUGUUGUUGUAUAUUUUAUAACUCUAUUUUGUUUGUUUUAUUAUCUAAUAUAUUUUCUAUUUUCUAUCAUUAUACUUUUAGCCCUGUUGUCAAUAAAUCAUUGUUUUAGAAGGA